AUGGCGGAGCAUGCAAAGCUAGGAGUGCGACUGAACAGGAUUUGCUGCAUUGGCGCUGGCUAUGUGGGUGGACCCACCAUGGCAACCAUUGCUUUGAAGUGCCCUCAACUGGAGGUAGUGAUUGUGGACAUGAACGAAGAUCGCAUCAAGCGCUGGAACAGCGAUGAACUGCCGAUCUAUGAACCUGGUCUGACGGAAGUGGUGAAGGCAUGCCGUGGCAAGAAUCUGUUCUUCUCGACCGAUGUGAAGAAAGGAAUCGAGGAGGCGGACAUCAUCUUUGCUUCUGUGAACACUCCCACCAAGACACAAGGUGCAGAGGGUGCCGAUGGUGCCGAUGGUGCCAAGCGGGGCGGUUCCGCAGGUGUGGGGAAAGGACGCGCAGCAGAUCUGCGAUUCAUCGAAAGUGUAGGCCGCACCAUCGCGCAAUACGCCAACCGCAGCAAGAUUGUGAUUGAGAAAUCCACCGUGCCCAUCAAGACAGCUGAAGCCAUUGCCCGUGUGUUGUCAGCCAAUGAAGCCGCCGCAGGCGGCAGUAAGAACUUUUGGAUCUUGUCGAACCCUGAGUUCCUAGCAGAGGGCACAGCCAUGAAGGACUUGGACGCGCCAGAUCGAGUGCUGAUUGGUGGACAAGAUCAGGAUGCAAUUCAGGUGCUGGCCGAUGUCUAUGCCAACUGGGUCCCAAGGGAUCGAAUCCUGACCACCAACCUCUGGAGUUCGGAGCUGUCGAAAUUGGUUGCCAACGCUAUGUUGGCCCAACGUGUCAGCAGCAUCAAUUCCAUCUCUAGGUUGUGUGAGCGAACUGGAGCGGAUGUGAAGGAGGUGGCCCGUGCCAUUGGCACAGAUUCCCGGAUUGGGCCAAAGUCGCGUCCACAUGCCAUCACAGACGGUUACCUCUUGAAGAUGACACUUGAACCAUGGAGUAGAAUGACGUCCGUUGUUUGCUCGCAUGCCUUUGGCCUGGCCAAGCAUCUUGAAAUCAUGACAGAUGGUGGAGGUUCCUCAAUGCUUCAGUGGGCUUUGGUGGAUCUUGCUUCCAGAAGGUUUGGCCUAGAGGAGUGCGCUGCAUAUUGGCAGCAGGUGGUGGACAUGAACGACUAUCAGAAGAUAGCCUUCACUAGUAGCAGGGCAGCGACGGGAAAAGCAGAUUUUGGCAAGAUCAUCCAGUCUCUCUUCAACACAGUGACCAAGAAGAAAAUCGCCGUUCUUGGCUUCGCCUUUAAAAAGGACACCGGUGACGUGCGCGAGACUCCGGCCUUGAUGGUCUGUGAUAUGCUGAUGAAGGAUGGCGCCAUUGUGCAUGUCUAUGACCCCAAGGUGGUCAUAGAAGAUGCCUUGACAGAGUUCAAGUAUAAUGACCUGGAAGUCAAUACGAAUCAACUUAUCUUCUCCAAGAGUCCACAGGAGGCUUGUGAUGGUGCGCAUGCUAUCGUCGUCGUGACAGAAUGGGACGAAUUCAAGACCUAUGACUACAAGAACUUCUACGACAAGAUGAUGAAACCAGCAUUCCUCUUUGAUGGCCGCAACAUGUUGGAUCAUGCAGCCCUGGUGGACAUCGGAUUUGAAGUGCACGCGCUCGGCAAGGGACAGAUCAAAAAAUCCGGAGGUCAGUCACAGAUCCCAGACUUUGUGACCAGAGCUGGAAGUGGUCUCCUGUCUGGUGCGACCACGGGAGAUGGAACAUCUCAAGCAGGUGUCAAAAGACCAGGAAGAGGCAUGGAUGGCAUGGCCGUGUGUCGAGAGUAUUUGCUUGCGAAUUACGAACGAGCGAGACAUCGACUACAAGAGCGAAUGCAUUCACUCUUAGUACAACUGCGCUCACUGAGCCCAGAGCGGGCAUCGAGUCCUGUGAAACGUCGGGCCAUGAAGUUACCCACUGCUUGGGGCGAGAUGAAGAUGCGGCACUCUGCGGCAGCAAAGUCUGCUGAGGAGAAGGAGGUGAAGUCAAUGGCUCCAAAACUGGUUGAGGUGAUGAGAUCCUGCAAAGUGGGUGAUCAGGCCGGCAAGGAUCAAGUGCAAAAGCUGCAACGGGAGGUUCAAUCUCUACGAGCAGCUGAAGCUGCUGCAGCUCAGAAAGUUCAAGAGUUGCAACAACUUCUGGACGAGGGGACACUGGACAAGUUGCGACAGCUGCAAAGUCUUGAGAAGGAGGUCCCGGGUCUGAAGAAGAGACUGGAGGAACUGCAGGCAGCAUCUGAAGAGUCAGAGAAGCUCCGAGAAGAGGUCCAAUCUCUGCGUGAAGCUGUGGCGAAGCCAAAUCCUUUGGACGAGGUUCCGGGGCUACGCCAAAAAGUGCAGGAUUUGCAGGCUGCUGCUGAACUGUCACAAGAUGAGGUCCAAUCUCUGCGCACAGCAGAAGCCGCUGCGGCCCGGAAAGUUCAAGAGCUUCAGCAGCUUUCAGCCGAGGUGCCGGGUCUGCACAAGAGAAUAGAAGACCUGAAGGUGGAGUUAGAAGCAAAAACCGAGCAGUUGCAGCAACGAGAGGUGCUGCAGCUUGCACAACUCCAGCAUGCUUCCCUCUUGAAGAAGGUGGCAGAGUCCAUGAAAGACCUGUGCAAGGACGUGAAUUUCGAUUGCUCCGAGAAAGGCAUUGAGGUCCAAUGCAUGGACAGUUCGCACGUGGCUUUGGUGUCCCUGUUGCUCAGGGAAUGUGCCUUUUCGGAGUUCAAGUGCGAGCGUCCCGUGUCCUUGGGAAUGAACAUUGACUCCCUGACCAAGAUCUUGAAGAUGACUGGAACCAAUGACUCGUUGAAGAUUCGCUACCAAAACGAUGCAGACACCGUGAAUUUCCAGUGUGAAGGUUCUGACGAUCGAUUGGCAGACUUUGAUCUGAAGCUCAUGACCUUCGAGAGUGAACACAUGGAGAUUCCAGAGCAGCAUUACAAGGUCGUGGCACGCAUUCCUUCUGCAGAGUUUCAGAAGAUUUGCCGAGAUCUCAAGGAAUUUGGAGAAACAAUUCAAAUUUCUGGAAGCAAAGAGGGCUUGAAGUUCAUGGUUGAAGGCGAUCUCGGCAGUGGUAACGUCGUUUUGAAGCCUCGCGAAGGAGAGAAACCCGAGGAAAAGGUCACCCUUACAGUUCAUGAGCCCGUGACCGCCACCUUCGCCCUUCGCUACCUCGUGAAUUUCUCCAAGGCUGAAAAGCUUUGCGGCUCAGUUGAACUUGGAUUGGGUCCAGAUGCCCCACUCUUGGUGAAGUAUGAUUUGGAGUCAGGUGAAAAUGGCCACAUGAAGUUCUACCUGGCUCCAAAGAUUGAUGCACAGCUCCAGCAUGCUUCCCUCUUGAAGAAGGUGGCAGAGUCCAUGAAAGACCUGUGCAAGGACGUGAAUUUCGAUUGCUCCGAAAAAGGCAUUGAGGUCCAAUGCAUGGACAGUUCGCACGUGGCUUUGGUGUCCCUGUUGCUCAGGGAAUGUGCCUUUUCGGAGUUCAAGUGCGAGCGUCCCGUGUCCUUGGGAAUGAACAUUGACUCCCUGACCAAGAUCUUGAAGAUGACUGGAACCAAUGACUCGUUGAAGAUUCGCUACCAAAACGAUGCAGACACCGUGAAUUUCCAGUGUGAAGGUUCUGACGAUCGAUUGGCAGACUUUGAUCUGAAGCUCAUGACCAUCGAGAGUGAACACAUGGAGAUUCCAGAGCAGCAUUACAAGGUCGUGGCACGCAUUCCUUCUGCAGAGUUUCAGAAGAUUUGCCGAGAUCUCAAGGAAUUUGGAGAAACAAUUCAAAUUUCUGGAAGCAAAGAGGGCUUGAAGUUCAUGGUUCAAGGCGAUCUCGGCAGUGGUAACGUCGUUUUGAAGCCUCGCGAAGGAGAGAAACCCGAGGAAAAGGUCACCCUUACAGUUCAUGAGCCCGUGACCGCCACCUUCGCCCUUCGCUACCUCGUGAAUUUCUCCAAGGCCGAAAAGCUUUGCGGCUCAGUUGAACUUGGAUUGGGUCCAGAUGCCCCACUCUUGGUGAAGUAUGAUUUGGAGUCAGGUGAAAAUGGCCACAUGAAGUUCUACCUGGCUCCAAAGAUUGAUGAGUAGAGCAACGAAGAUCGCAGUUUCAAAGUGAUCAUGAGUGAUCCUGUUGUGGGGCGAUUGUCCAACACUGCAGGGGUAGCAGUGCAACAUGAUAUUUGAUCAUAUUUCACCCAUAUCCGAAGCGG